AUGUCCCUCCUCGACCACAGCGACCCACAACAGCACCACAUGGUGACUUCAGCAAUGUCAGCAGCAGCAGUCGUAGCAGCCGCCUCCGCCGCCGCCUCAUCCUCCACAGGGCCUGUUCCCUUGUUUGCUCGGUCACUCUCAGCUCCUCAUAUGCAAUUCUCGGGUUUCAACGACGCAUACAUGUACGGCAGGUCUGUCCAGAGCAUUAACGACCAACUGACCUUCCAACAACAACAGCAACAGCAGCAACAACUACAGCAGGCAGAGGCAGCAUUUCACAGUGGAUACCAAGAGUCUUUCCAGCAGUUCACCACUCACCCACACGAUCAGCCCUCUCUGCCCCACAUGACCUCCUCCGAGCCUCACCCUCUUCAGUACACAAGUGGUCCUUCCGGGUAUACCACCGCAAGCUUCCAUCAACAACCGCUCAUGUUUGCCCACGAUUCCAACGCUGACUUCCAUAGCCUACCACCGACUUUCUCGUCGUCCUCUGGCUCGGUCCAUCCCUUCCAGAUGGACCAAUUGUCAUCGUCCAUCAACAACCUCGAGGCCGCAACCGGUUCCAGAGUGGUCAAGUUUGGGUACAGUAGCAUGAGCGACGGUUCUCCUUCGUCCUCGUCAUCUCUCUCCCCAUCUUCGACACCCGCUCAUGGCUUUCACUCCUUGGAUCGCAGCCAGUCCAUGUCGAUCUUUGACACGUCCGACUAUGCCCCGUUUGAGGUGUCUGAUGAGUGCCGUUCUUAUCUGAUCCCUCGCCACGGCUCCCUCGGCUCCCUUUACCCGAUCACACAGUCGCACGAGCUUCUCGAGUCCCUGCACCUUCCUCGAUCUCGUUUGAGCAGCGUUGGUGGGGCAGCCAUGGUCCCCUCACUGUCAUCGACAUCGAUCUCGUCUGAGACGUCCUCGUCGGCUUUCCCUUCACCAAGCCUUGCGACAAAGGCACGCACACGUCGUGCCUCGUUGAGCCCCGACGGCACCACCCGGGUGUUUACUUGUAUGAUUGAUGCUUGCAGCAGGCAAUUUAAGCGAUCUGAGCACCUGAAGCGCCAUGUACGCUCUGUGCACACACUGGAGAAACCCUUUAGAUGCCCCUACGAGAACUGCCCGAAACGGUUCUCGCGAAGCGACAACCUUAACCAGCACGUCCGGAUCCAUCGCUCCGAGAAGGAGAAGAUCCUACCCAAGCCAUUUACCUGCUUCACGCCCUUCAGCCCUCAACACUAA